AUGAAUCGAAUUGAGGGGCAGAUAGACGAGCAGGCCAAGUUGGCAAAACAGGCGCUGUCAUGGAUCGUGUGUGCCAGGCGGCGGUUGAGGAUUACAGAGCUGGAGCACGCUUUGGCAGUGGAGAUUGGCGAGCCAGCAUUCGACCCGGACAAUAUGUCAGGAAUUGAUCACGUUGUCUCGCUAUGUGCUGGCCUGGUCACGGUGGAUAGGGAAAGCAACACGGUCCACUAUACCACGCAGGAAUAUUUUCAGCGGAGUUGGCAGGGUUGGUUUCCCGCCGCGCAUCGGGAUAUUGCCAUGACAUGUGUGACAUAUCUGUCUUAUGACGCUUUCGAAGACGUGAUAGCUCAUGAUAUUGAGCAUGGACAGGCAAAAGGAUAUUGGGCAUUCAUGACGAAAUUUUGCCUGUAUGAUUAUGCCUGUCGAAACUGGGGCCACCACGUUCGAGAACAGCCGGUGCCAGACACCUUGGUUAUGCGAUUACUGAAAGACGACACAAAGGUGGUCAUGUGUGCACAGCCACUUAAGAUGCCCUUGGGUAUUGUGAUCCCGGAAGGAAAUCAGGAUCCUUCGAAGUCUGUCAAGGGCAUAUUCGUCGCAGCUUAUUUCGGACUGGACGCUGCGGUCAAGAUUAUCCUCGAAGGUGAUCCCGCAAACGCCAAACUAAGACACUCCGGAGGCCGCACGCCGCUGUUCCAUGCCACUGAUAGUGGCCGAGAGUCAACGGUGAAAUUGUUACUUGACAAGGGCGCUGGCCCCAACUCGGAUGGUUACGGCUAUUCUCCCCUGAUGCGCGCCAUAGAAAAUAGACACCUACAAAUUGCGUGGAUAUUUUUAGAAAGAGGAGCAGACCCUGGGACUCCAAAGGCUUUUCCCAGCUACUCUGCCGAUCAGAGGUCAUUUGGGUCAUCACAGUCUCCUCUUUCAUUGGCAGUAAGGCAGGGGUGGGGGGACAUGGUCGGUAUUUUAUUAAAACUAGGUGCCGACCCGAACUUCCAGAAUUGGCUCGGCGAGAGUCCACUGUCACUGGCAAUGAGUCUGGGAAAGGGGGAAAUUGUCAGUCUUCUGAUCCAAAGCGGUGCUUCCAUGUCUUUGACGAGGAGGAUAUGGAGAUUAAAGAUGCUUUUGAGUCCGUGA